AUGGCACCAGCACCGAUCGACCCAAGCAUCACAGAGUUCGUGGUCCCGAAAAAGGACACGCUGGGAUUGCCCGAGCCAGCAUUGAAACGAUUGACCAAGGCCGGGAUCGAUCUCUCGGAAGGGUACCCGUACCGGCCCAGCAGACCGCUGUACAUUCAAGACAUCUACAACAUCCGAAACAGGGACAGAGUGCAUGUCGACCCUGGCUCUCGGGCAGACAAGUCGAAAAGCGCACUGUUCUCUGCUGCAACCAAGGUCACCGACCUGACGGCGCACAUCGGCACCGAGAUCGAGGGGCUUCAGCUGAAGGAUCUGACCGAUCAGCAAAAGGACGAGCUUGGUUUGCUGAUUGCCGAACGCAGCGUGGUAUUUUUUCGAGACCAGGAUCUUUCGCCGCAGCAGCAAAAGGCGCUCGGUGAAUACUAUGGCGAAGUUGAGGUUCAUCCCCAAACCCCCCAGGUUCCUGGUUUACCCGGCGUGACGGUGAUUUGGCCGGAUCUUCAAGCGACCGAACACGGAGCUUCAUUCCGUUCGCCGGGCGGUGCGUCUCGAUGGCAUACGGACCUCGUCCACGAGCGAAACCCCGCCGGCGUGACUCACUUGCACAACGACACGGUGCCGCCGAUCGGAGGCGACACGCUCUGGGCCAGCGGAUACGGCGCAUACGAGAAGCUGUCGCCAGAAUUCCGCAAGUACAUUGACGGCAAGCAGGCCGUGUACAGGUCGUCGCAUUCGUACCUCGACCGUGACAACCCGACGAGCGGACCGCAGUACCUUGAGCGCGUGCAUCCCUUGGUCCGCGUGCACCCAGCCACAGGCUGGAGGGCCCUUUGGGUCAACCGCGCCAUGACAGUCCGGAUUGUCGGCCUCGAUAAGGCGGAAAGCGACCUGAUCCUGGGUUACCUUUUCGACGUCUAUGAGAAGAACAUUGAUAUCCAGGUUCGAUUCAAAUGGACGCCGGGCACAAGUGCUCUUUGGGACAAUAGAAUCACAAUCCACAACGCCAGUUGGGACUAUGGUGGGAGACAUCCCCGGCACGGCACCAGGGUCACAUCCCUCGCCGAAGUUCCCUACUUUGAUCCCAGCGCACCCACGAGGCGAGAAGCACUGGGGCUCCUGGGACCGGACGAGAAACAGGUGGAUGGUGUGCUGGUGGAAACAUGA